AUGUCCAAGGAACAGUACGAGAUUCGCGACCUCGAAAAACACAACGGGUCGCGGUCCGACGAGGACUACCUCGACUCUCACUCGCAGCCCGUUGUCGAGACUACAGAGGUCACCCAGCUCUCGUUCGUGGACCGUCUGGCCGCCAAACUGCGCGCCGAAACCAAGGGUAUUGAUCCGAUCACUGACGACGAAAAGAACGAUUCCUCCAUCUGGAACGCGGCCUCCAUGUGGUUUUCCGCCAACAUGGUCAUCGCCGCUUUUGCCUUGGGUGUGCUGGGCCCUGUGAUCUUUGGCAUCAACUUCUGGGGCUGUGUGCUUGCCAUCGUGCUCUUUUCUGCGCUUGGCGUUUUGCCCGUCGCCUUCUACUCCGUGUUCGGAGCCGAGCUCGGCUUACGUCAGAUGGUCCUGUCACGUUACCUGCUCGGCAACGUCACUGCACGUGUUUUUGCCCUCAUCAACGUGGUCGCGUGUGUUGGCUGGGGUGCUGUCAACACCAUCGCGUCCGCGCAGCUGCUUCACAAGGUCAACCCAGGCGGAGCUCAAUGUCCGCCAUGGGCCGGAUGCCUUAUUAUUGUGCUGUCGACCAUUGUGGUCACGUUUUUCGGGUACCGCGUCAUUCACGCGUACGAAAAAUGGUCCUGGAUCCCCAACUUUGCAGUUUUCCUAGUCAUCAUCGCACGUCUCAAGAUCAACGGCUCGUUUUCCGCGGGUCCGUGGAUCCACGGCUCUACUACCGCGGGAGGCGUCCUAUCGAUGGGCAGUGUGGUGUUUGGGUUUGCCUCCGGAUGGACCACCUACGCGGCCGACUACACCGUGUACAUGCCACGCACCACUAACAAACCCAAGGUUUUCUUCGCGGUGAUGGCCGGGCUGAUGUUCCCAUUGUGCUUCGCGAUCAUCUUAGGCGCCGCAGCCGGGUGCGCCGCGCUCAACAACGAGACGUACCGCACCUACUACGACGACGGGGGUGUGGGUGGACUCGUGUACGCGAUCCUGGUGCCCAACUCCGUCGGCGGUUUCGGACAAUUCUGCUGCGUGCUAUUGGCCAUGUCCACGGUGGCAAACAACAUCCCCAACAUGUACUCGAUUGCGCUGGGCACACAGGCGAUGUGGGAGCCCCUGGCCAAAAUUCCGCGUGUAUUUUGGACCAUGGCGGGUAAUUUGGUGACCCUGGCCAUCGCGAUCCCUGCGUACUACAAGUUUUCCGAGUUCAUGACCAACUUCAUGGACGCCAUCGCGUACUACCUGGCCGUGUACAUCGGAAUCUCGCUCAGCGAGCAUUUCAUCUACCGCAAGGCCCGGUUCUCGAACUACAACGUGGCCGAUUGGGACAACUGGAGCGCGCUUCCUUUGGGUGUGGCUGGGUGCUGUGCAUUGUUCGUGGGCGCCGUCGGUGUGGCGCUCGGAAUGGUGCAGACCUACUGGGCCGGUGAACUCGGCCGCAAGAUCGGCGAAUACGGUGGAGACAUCGGGUUCGAACUGGGAUUAGCGUUUUCCGUCAUCACUUAUAACAUAAUAAGACCAUUUGAGUUGCGUUGGUUGGGCCGUUGA